AGGAUUCAGUAUCAUUAAAAUCCUCGGCAAUUUAUAAAUCCAAUUUAAAAAUUCUUAAAAAUUGUUAAAUAGAAGAUUUAAUAAUGGAAAUAGCUUUAAGGAGAAGAAAUAUUUUACGUCAGGUUCUGUUAACAAUUGGAGUUGCAACAGGUUCUUUGAACAUGGGUCUUGCUCUGGGAUGGUGUAGUCCAGCACUAUCAGAUCUACUAUCUGUAGAUUCAAAACCUUGUGAUAGAAUAACUCUGGCGCAAUCUGGAUGGGUUGGGAGUCUUCUAUCCCUUGGUGCUAUGCUGCAAGUGCCUAUCUUUGGAAUUAUGAUGGAAAAACUUGGAAGAAAAAGAUUUCUAAUGAUCACAGCAGUUCCUAUUGGAGUUGGAUGGAUGCUUAUAUCUUUUGGGACUACACUUCUACAAAUAUAUAUUUCAAGAAUUCUCAUCGGAUUUUCGGCCGGCAUAUAUUCUGUGUUGGUAUCUAUUUAUGCUGGUGAGGUAGGUUCUCCAGAGCUUAGAGGAGUAUUGGGAGCCAUCUGUCAGCUUUUUGUUAUACUUGGAAUUGUUUUAAUGUACUGCAGUGGGCUUGUUCUGAAAUGGAAUGAGCUAGGCUAUAUUGGAAUAUCUGUAACUGUCGCCUCUUUCAUAAUUUCCUUGAUCAUUCCUGAAACCCCAGUAUGGUUAGCAAGACAGGGGAGGUUGGAAGAAGCCAGGGUAGUUCUAAAGUGGCUUCAGAGCACUGAUGACGAUUCAAAAAUUGAAAAUGAAAUUAUCAAUUUUGAAGAAAGUAAAACUUGUAAAGGAAAUGGUCCCUUAUUUAGACAUCCUACUGUUAUAAAGCCUGUACUACUGAUCUCAAUGAUAAUACUUAUAAACCAAGCAAACGGGAUAAGUGUUAUUAUAACCUUCCAGAAUGAGAUAUUUAGCUCGGCUGGUGUUGAUCUCUCAUCUAGAGUUUCAUCAGUGAUUGUUGGGAUUUCAAUGCUUAUAUCUACAAUAGCUUCAUUCUUCGCUGUACGAUCAUUUGAUAGAAAACCAUUGCUUGUCAGCAGUUUAAUGAUGAUGUCUGUGGCAAUGACAGGAUUUGGAAUGUAUUUCUAUUUUACUCCUGGGCCUAAGUUUAACUGGGUGCCUAUUAUCUGCCUGCUGGCAUUUAUUAUACCCUUCUGCCUUGGACCUGGACCUCUUACUUGGAUUCUUCUUUCAGAUCUUAGUAUACCUCAAGCAGCAGCAGCAGUUGGAAGUGUUGCAUCUCUCUUAAACUGGGGAUUUGCUUUCAUCUUUACAACAGUAUUUGGCGGAAUGGAGGAGAUGUUGGGAAAGUGUGGAGUAUUCUGGUUCUACGGUUUCAGUUCAAUUAUCGGUGGUAUUUUUGUGUUAUUAUUUCUACCAGAAACACGAGGGAAAUCUAGGAGGGAAAUAGAGCAGAUGCUAAUGUAAAUUAUUUUUAUAUUUUGUUAUGAAAUAUAGUAUUGGUUAAAC